AUGGGACUUGUCUACGACGGUUCAAAUAAAACAAAAGAGAAGUAUUGCCUUAAUGACAUUCUAUACUGUGGUCCGGUAGUUCUACGUGAUUUCGUUGGAAUUCUCAUUCGUAUUCCUACCCAUGGAAUUCUGAUUUUCAGUGAAAUUGAAAAGACGUUUCACAUGGCUUGUCUUCAUCCAAAGAUCCGUGAUUGCACCCAUUUAUACUGGCCGAAGAAUCUAACGUGA